AUGCCGUCUCCUCUGAAGUUGAACGCACCAUCCCAUUUGAUCCGCACGUUUGCCCAAGGCCAGGACGAGCUCAAGUAUCACUACAUCGCGCACACCAGUCUCGACGUCAUCGACGAACGCAACGCAGCCGCGAUAGCAUCCAAGUCGACAGACUGUUACAUGAACUUGCUCUACACCAUGGAGGACGUGGCCGUGUACGGCUACAUGACGCCUCUCAAAAUGAAGAUAAUCAUCGCGCUCGCGCUCACCGACUCCGUCGUGCGCGACGCUGACGUCCUCACGAUAUUCAGGGCCCUUCACACCGCGUACCGCCAUGCGGUUGCGAAUCCGUUCCUCAGGCUCGACGCACCCAUCGACGGACACAACGACCACGCCACCGUCCUCCUCGCGGGCUCGCCAAAGUGGAAGCGCAAAGCCGUCGGAGCGUUCAGCCUUGCGGCAUGA